UCAGGAGGAGACAGAGAUGCCAUAACAGCAGCAUCAUCAUCAUCAGCAUCACCGAGCAUCGGUCUGUCUGACUCCGUGUGUCAGUGGCUCCGGUACCGGCUCCGGGACGCCUCUCAUGCUCUGUCCGCCCCGCAGCGCGUCAGUGCGGGAUCUGAUCGGCGGAGAGAAGCGGCGGAGGAGCGGCGGCAGCAUCUGGAGCGGAGGAUGCUCUGGGGUUUCCCAGCAGGCCUGUGAAGAUGAGUGUGACAUCAUGGUUCCUGGUGAGCAGCUCGGGGACUCGACACCGCCUCCCCAAGGAGAUGAUCUUUGUGGGCCGAGAGGACUGUGAGCUGAUGCUGCAGUCCCGCAGCGUCGACAAGCAACACGCCGUCAUCAACUACAACCCGACGACUGACGAACACCUGGUCAAAGACCUGGGCAGCCUGAACGGGACGUUUGUGAACGACCUGAGGAUCCCUGAUCAGACCUACAUCACCCUCAAAGUGUCCGACAUCAUCCGCUUCGGAUAUGAUUCUCACGUCUACGUGUUGGAGAAAAGUCAACACAAGGUCCCCGAGGAGGCUCUGAAGCAUGAGAAGUACAGCAGUCAGCUGCAGAUCAGUCUGAAGGCUUCAGAGAAGAAGAAGACGGAGCUGGAGGACCGAACGAGAGCUGAGAAAACAGCCAGUACCAAGAGCACACAGGAGGCUCCGGUGUGUCGGCCCACUCCUCUGUAUGGUCAGCCGUCCUGGUGGGGAGAGGAGGAUUAUGGGAGUAAAGUUCAGACCAGCACUGAAACUCACGCAGAAGUCCAGAAAGAUGUCCCGUUGGUGGAUCCGGACUUUCCUGGAUCUCUGUCAGACUCCCAACCAAAGACCGUCUUCCCUUCAUACCACCGUGAGCCGAGCUACUUCGAGAUCCCCACCAAAGACUUCCAGCACCCCAAACCCCCGGGGGCGGAGCUUCAUGAGAUCCCCACCAAGGAUACAGACACGCCCCCGGCCCCACCGUCGCCCCCCACCCCGACCCCACCCGUUGUUCAGAGCCACGCCUCCUUCACCAUCGAGUUUGACGACUGCAUGCCCGGCAAGAUCAAGAUCAAAGACCACGUCACAAAGUUCUCCACCCGCCAGAGGAAGCAGCAGGCUCCGCCUGCCAAGACCACCAUCACAACAGCCACACCUACAGACGUGAUGUCAGCAGAGAGCAAGGUGGCCGAUUGGCUGGUUCACAGUGACGUCAGCAUGAUGAGAAGACGCCCGACGUGUGAAGAUGUUUACAGCACCAAGAGUGACCUCGCCAUAAACAUCAAGACCCUCAAAGGUCACCAUCACGAGGACGGGACCCAGAGUGACUCAGAGGACCCGGUUCUGAAAGGGAGGAGGAGUAAAUCCCACCACUCUGUCCAAUCAGAGCAGUCGGAGGCGUCGCAGCAGACGGUACAGUCCGGUCCUUCCAGCCAGCCGCCUGCUCCGACUCAGACGCUCCACCAGCCGCUGCAGUACUCUCCGCCCGGACCGGCCCCAGCCUCACCUGUGGCCCCUGAGCGGCCCCUGUCCCAGAGUCCUCCUCAGGCUCAGUCCCCCACCACUGAAAUACCAAAGCAGGGCCCCCCCGAGCACCUCACCCAGCAAGCCUUCAUCAUUGAGUUCUUUGAUGACCACCCGCGUAAGAAGCGCUCGCAGUCCUUCACACAUAACCCCGCCCAUGCCGACUCAUACUCAGCCCUAAAGGCCAAGCUGGAGCGGCGGAAAGGUGGCGAGAGGCCGGCGUCUGUACACGGCCACAUCCCCCCUACCCAGCAGGUGACGGUUCCUCUGAAGGGUCAGGGCCACGGUGGCCCCCAGAGGUCUAGCUCUCUGAAGAGGGAGAAGACAGAGGGGGAGGUGGUGUCCUCUGCCUCCUCCUCUCGCUCCUCCUCGGGCAUCACCAUCAGACCCUUCGGCAGCGUUGGAAAGAAGUCCAAGCUCGCUCAAGAGUUCGCUGCUGAGUUCCUCAAGGAUUCUGGGCAACGGGAUUCCUCCCCAACCAGGGACAAGAUGUCCCCUCCCCCAAUGUCUGCACCACCAGUGAUGGUGUCACCUCCUCAAGCAAGAAUCCCCUCCCCCCAGGAACCUCCAGCACCCUCCUCAGUGUCCUACCCCUCCUCCCCCUCACAGCCCUCAGCAAUGUCCAAGUCCUCAGUCCCCAUCAGUGCUGCCGUCCGGGCCGCAUCUCCUGUCCAGCCUCCCAUGUCCCCCAUGCUGCUCCCGGGUGUCCGCGCUGGAGACCCCAAAGCUUCUCAGAGGAUGAUGAGGAACGAGGAGGAUGACAGCCUGAGCGACGCCGGGACCUACACCAUCGAGACGGAGGCGCAGGACAAAGAGGUGGAAGAGGCUCGCAACAUGAUUGAUCAGGUGUUUGGUGUCCUCGACUCUCCAGAGUACAGUGGUGUCAGCACAGGAGUGUAUAGACCUGUAAUAAAUGAUGGAAAGGAUGAGCAAGCUAACCUGCCUAGCGAUGGUAGCACUGUGGACCCGUUGCAUGGCUUUAUCCCCGCUGCCCUCAGCGCCCCCCUGACGGGCCCCAUACAGGUUCCAGUUGCUGGUCUGGAAGGACCCAAAUGGGUUUCCCGUUGGGCCAGUCUGGCAGACAGCUACGCUGAACCUGGUUCCACUCCACCUCAGGGGGAAAGCCUGGAAGAUUUGCGCUUCAUGAGCCGCUCGAUGGGAAGUUACAGCUACGAUAACUCUGAAUCGGAGUCCAGCCACAGCUCCAGGACGAGACGGCUGCUGCCUCAGGUGCCUCCAGAGAAGCUGGACAGUGUGCCUCCCAGUAUCCUGAUUCGCCACGAGCCUCACCAAGGCCAGGAACCUCUGGACCGGGUCUCUGGUCCUCCCCGUCCACAGGACAGCACCCAGCGCCUGGCCGUUCAGGACGAUGUGGACCCGGACAGCCUGAGUGACGCCAGCCGCUCAGAUGACACGCCUGUUCUGGAGAAGACAAAGAAGAAUCAGGCCAGGACUGGAUCUUUGUCUCCGGGGGCCGCUGGUCCUCACUUCAAGGGUCCAGAGAAAGUGUCUCCGUCCACUAAAUCCACCUCCUUCUACAUUGGUUCUGAAGACAGUCCAGGCAAACCUGACCAGGCCCGGAGCCCGGUACAGUCUGAGAGGAUACGUGACCCCACAGCUAAACCUCCCCCUACCACUGUCCUGAUCCGACACCUGAGUGGACACGAACCCAGGAGGACAGGUGUCAAACCAAACAGCUCUGCUCCAAACCUCCAAAUACAGGACAAGGAUUCUGUCCCCACUAAAGACAGCGGCAUCUCGUCCAUCGUGCGGCAGGAGAGCUUCACCAAAGACCGGCCCAGCGACACCGUCCAGAUGAAGAAGCUUCCCCACAUCUCCAGCCACCCGUCCAUCAGAGACAUGGAGCAGAGGAGGGACAACAUCCAGGACACGCAGUCCUUCCUUCAGGAGGCCGAGGGGACUUUGUCCUCUCUGGACUCCAAGUUCCCCUCGUCUGGCUCUGGUCGUAGCUCAAAGAAAGGAGGCUCCUCCACCCACAUGGACGACUCGCUCUCUGGUGAGUCAGACGUGGACACGGCGAGCACUGUGAGCCAGGUGAGUAGCAAAAACGCUCCAGUCAGCUCUGCUCCUAAAAAGCGUCCAGCCAUCAGCAGCCUGCAGAAGGAGAAGUCCUCGUCCAGCCCGUCCAUCCAAGAGAAGGGACGGCAACUCUCUGCCCGUGAACGGCUUUCUGAGAAACGCAGAAACCAGACGACUGCAGAGACAUCGAGCAAAGCAGAGGCAGCAAAGCGCUUCCAGAUGCGCCGUAGUGCGGGCAACCGUGGAUCUCUGGAUCUGUCAGAGGGCCAGCAGGGUUCUGGUCCUCACUGGACUGAAACAACAUCAUCUGACCAUGAAAUUUCCCGUCCGUCCAGCCGUAGCAAGAAACUCAUCGCCCCCCUUCAGAAAGAAGACAACGGAAAGACGCCUAAGACGGCGACUCAGCAGGUUCUGACACGUUCCAACAGCCUGUCAGCGCCACGACCAACCCGGGCUUCCAUGCUCCGUCGAGCACGCCUGGGCGAGGCCUCAGAUAACGAGGGUGCUGAGACCGACCGGGGCUCCCAGAAUUCAGACAGUAUCACUGCGCCGUCCAAAGUGUCUGCCGAGGGGAAGAAGCUGUCAAGGCUGGACAUCUUGGCGAUGCCCAGGAAGAGGACCGGCUCCUUCACGGCUCCCAGUGACAACGAGUCAUCCUCCACAGGCCGCACCGCUCCCUCUAAUCGCAACUCUGAGUCUGUCGUCACCACCAGGAAGACAUCUGUGGGCGAUGCCCGCCAGGCAGCUAGCAAAGGGGGUGGAGCUCAGGGGAAGCAACCACUGACCCGCACCCGGUCCAGCGGAGCCAAGUACCCCAGCAGCGGUUCCCGUCGCAGACAGAAGGGCUCAGACUUCUCCUCAUCCUCUGAGGAAGAUUAUGAGACAAGUGCCGUGAAUUCCAAAGCCAAACGCUCCUCCCAUCCCUCCACUUCCUCCCAGACGCCUCGCCACCGAACUGCUGCCACCCGAUCCAAGUCUGUCUCACUGGAGACAGAGGAAGACGAGGACCCGAGUGAGGUCGACCCCUACCAGAACUGGUCCACGCACAGUGCCGAGAUUGCCAAGCUCAGUCAGGACCUGGCCAAAGAUCUGGCCAUCCUGGCGAAGGAAAUCCACGAUGUUGCCGGGGACGGAGACUCGCCGGGCUCUGGCAUGGGCACCGCCACCUCACCCAGCUCACUGCCCACCACGCCGGCCUCCACUAUCUCUGCCAGGGAGGAGAGGCCAUCUUAUCCAUACUUACGUGGGGUUCGACCUUCUCAGCUGGUCCAACAUAUCCCUGAGGCCAGUUUAAACUACCAGAAGGUUCCUCCAGGUUCUGCUGUCGUCUCGGACCUGGACGCAAACAUGAAUGAGCCCGAGCCCGGUUCUAAGCAACGCCGUCCGUGGAACCGCGAAGAGGUGAUUCUGGACAACCUGAUGCUGAAUCCAGUGUCUCAGCUGUCUCAGGCCAUCCGAGAGAACACGGAGCAGCUGGCUGAAAAAAUGAAGGUUCUGUUCCAGAACAAGGCGGAGGUCUGGGAGGAGAUCGAGGCAAAGAUCAACGCUGAGAAUGAAGUCCCCAUCCUGAAAACCUCCAACAAGGAAAUUACCUCCAUCCUGAAGGAGCUGAGGAGAGUCCAGAGGCAGCUGGAAGUGAUAAACACCAUCGUGGAGCCCAGUGGCGGCCUCCAGUCUACAACUGUUGGGACGUCACCACGUGGUCAGACUCGACCGUCCUCGAGGGAGAAGAAACCUGCCACCAAACCCCGUGGCGCCUCCUCGACCUCCAACGCCAACGAAAGCACCAAAAGACCACCUCGUGGACCCGACGGGUCCCACUACAUGGCCUGAGCAGGCCACCGUAGCACCUCUGGAUAGUGACUGUGUGUCCACACCGCCUGCAGCCACCUCGCCGUCCUCUGUCCAACGUCCAACGCUCCGUAGCACUCAGACAGACAGAAGAUCUCUACAUUAACCUUUGUUGCGCCGUUGGCAGCGUGGAGACAGAGAUGUCGUCGUGUUCAUCAGCAGGAAGUCUCUGUGGUAUUUAAACCGUUUCCUGUUUCAGAGCGACGCCUCUUUAAAGUGUGUGUUUAUAUUUGUCCAUAUUCAGAGGACACAGUUUCUUUGGUCCUCAGUGUCCCACAUUAAUGCUGUGUCCCAGUUCCACACUACGUCCAGGACAGUCUGCAGCAUGUACAACACUCGGGUCGUAGUAUUUGUACACAGGAAGUGAUUUUAAACCAGCAGCGUGGAGGUCAGUCAGACUGACGCUGCUGCCGAUAAGAGCUCCUGACAGACGUAGCAGCGUUUUCAGAAAUCUUUAUUCUAUCCAACAGAAGACGCCACAGGCUUCAAACGUUAAACGUUGUCCAAACACUGUUUAAAUAAAAGGCGCCGUCACACAUGAGCAACCAUCGCCUGCCAACGCCACUGUUAAUCAGCUGACCGCAGAGAACAUUUCUGACCACUUACACAUGUCGGUCUGUUACCAGUAGUAGUUACCAGUAGUAUCACAAAUGAGCAGCAACGCUAGCUAGCUCCCACCUGACCCUGUUGGUGCACAGCGCAGGGCAGCUAAGGCUAACGUUAGCUAAGCAGUGGAGACCGGAGGGUGGGCGCCAUGUUUCCACGUUAGGAUUAAAACCAUCUAUUAACGAAGAUGGCAGUGGGGCUGAAACAUACGAGGCUCAGUGUAUUUUUUGCAAAAAGUUUUUGAACUCAGCAUGAUGGGAAUCAAAAAAACAACCUGGCCAACAAACAGCAGGUGUGUGUUUCCUCCACGCCACGAGGACAUCCUGUUUUAUGUUCUCAUAAAUUUUCAGGCAGGAUUUUCCUUGAAGUCUCUGAUGUCUGUUCAUGUUUUUAUCAUCAGACUUGAUUAUUGUAAAAUGAGUCGGAAAUUUCAUUGUGAUUGGAUUUAAGUCUCUGCCUGGCGUUAAUCUGCAGGACAUCAGAGUCCAUCCGUCCAGUGUAGUGAGGACUGAGACACAGCUGUGGGGUCUGUCUGAGGUCUUUGUCCCUGCUGGUGGUGUGGAUCCACCCAACUGUCCAAAUCUAACGUGUCAUUGUCUCCAGUGAUUCCGAUGCAUUUAACCGUACGUAGGACUGCUUCCACAUCGCACAAGCUGAGCAACAUUUAGUGAACGCUACAACAGCAGCCGCUGCUGGCGCCGCAGUAGUCCGUGGAUGAUGUAUAAACUCUGUGCUUUGAUAAUCUGUUGUUGCAUUUGAACAGUUUCCUGUGUGCCGCUGCUCACAGACAGGAAGCCGCCGUCUGUCAGAGUAAAAGAGAUGUAAUGUUAUAUUUUACUGAAUGUUUCUUUGCCAUCUCGCUGUGAUUGUGCGAUAACUGUGAACCUGCUUCAGGAUGGCUGAAUGUCGUGAGUGCCGAAUGUCUGCCGAGCUCAUACACACUGAACACAUCAGCCGAGAGCCGAACACAUGGACUCCAGUCAGUAACGUUCAGCCUCAUAUCCACCUCAUAAAGCUUUUAUAGUUAUCAGGUAACGACCGCGUAGCUACGAGAUGCCAAGUUAAAAUUAUUCUGUCCACAGUUUUUUAAAAAUCCAACAUGAUGAAACAAACUGCAGCGUCAGCACAGUCGGAUCAUUCUUCUUCUUCUUCUUCUUCUCCUUCUUCUUCAUGUUCAUCUGCCGUCAGUCGUACGUCUGUUAACUCCGAGCCUUACUGACCGACAGAGCCGUUCAUAUCUCAGCCGGACUUCAUUCACAGACACGAAACCUUGGGAACAGAUUUUAUAUUCAGCCCAGUCACCAGGAGAAAUGUUAGCAUUGUACGUUUCUGCAAAACACAGAUAUGUUACAAUUAAACGUUUGUAUGUUAUUAUGUUGAAGAUACGUUACAUUAUGUCACAAAUAUGUUUUGUUUAUAUGUUACUUUGUCGUGGAUACGUUACAUUUGUAUGUUGCUGUGAAGUGGAUACAUUAUGAUUGUACGUUAUGUCGUGGAUACGUUACGUUAUGUAGCUUUUACGUUUUAUUUGUACGUUCUUUUUUAGUCGAUAUGUCACAGUUGUACAGUUUUAUGUCGUAGAUGUGAUGAAACAUUUUAACGUUUCAACGACGUUGUAGUUUUGGGGGUAAAGUCGUCGACAGGACACACAAUGAUAACACAUAAAACACCGCUGGUUUAGUUGUUUGUUGGUGUUGAACAGUGUCCACCCUCCACCUCCUGAUGGAGCCGGCUCAGACACUAAGUCACUUCAGAAAUAUCGAUAUGAUUCUAAUGUACAAAAGCUACGAAUGUAACAUAUCUGAGUUUCACAGAAAUGUAAAGCUCCAUCAUUUUCCUGUGAAGACUGAACUCUGUUCAGACUGACAACAGGUCCAAAUGACCUCAGUUUCCAGUUUGAUAUAAAACAGCUGUCAGCAGGCAGAACUGUGAUGAACUGUGGGCAGCUCAUGUCAUACGAACAACAUGUGGACACAGCUGACGUCCGAAAACACAGCUAUAAACAUUAAGGAGGAGAAUUAAAAUGACCAACGGCCCAGUGAGAACGAAUGAGCCGUGAAUUUAACCCAUUAAAAAAGGAAGAGUCAGAUCAGGUCUGAUAAUGACGACGACACACCUGAGUUCAAACCAACAGAAGAAGUGAGAAUAAAAUAAUUAAUAAUCAAAGAAUGUUUCAGUUUAAAGGUCGACAGCGUCGGAACAAUGUGACCGAUAGAAUCUUCAGUUCCAGAGCUUUCAGCCUCGUCUCUCAGUCUUCACCGAGCUACACUUCCACCUGUCAAAUCAGCAGAUAUUUCUGUCGUUAUUUUCAGCUGUAACUGUCAUGUUUAAAGAUGUGUCGUUAAACAGGAGGUCCGACCUGACAUGAUUAUUGCUGAUGAAGCAGACCUACGUCACAGAGGCUGAACAGUGUCCUGCUGUGGACGGAGCCGCAGCUAAAUGUAGUUUAGCCACCUGAAAAAUUCACAUCAGUGUAAGUGAAGCUUAUAUUUGAAUAUUUUCUCCACCUUAUCCUCCACACUGCCUGAUGGAGGCAGCUCGUUUCUGUCAAGUGAAAUGAUGAUGUCAGUGCGGUGUGGAGGCUCUGAGAUAACGGCUUCAGUUCUCCGUCAGGUCGUCUGACAGCGAGGUGGUGAGGUGAAAAUAUUCUAGACAGUGAACAUUUAAACGGAUAUUAAUUUGUUUUCUAGGUGGGUAAAAACAAAUCAGUUGAAGCAGCGUCUGCUCAGCGCCGUAUACGAACAUGACGCUGUGAUUUCCUACCUGGAGGUUACUGUAUACAAAUGUUGUGAUUUGAUCUCUAGGUUAGUUUAUUAGGAUCCUCCAUCAUCAUCCUCACUGUGACCUCGUCACAUGUCCACGUUUGGUCAUGGACUUUCCACGUCCACAUAU